UCCUGUUGUUGUAUAGGUCUAGUGUUUUCUAUCUCUCUCUCUCCCUCCCCUGUCCAUUCGCUGCCAUUUCUUUCUCAUGACAGUGUAGUUGCAUGUUGCAUCUUUCUCACCUUCUCUCUCUCUCUCUUUCUUGUACGUGGUCAACAUGGUGGCAGGGACUUUGUAUACUUAUCCGGAAAACUACAGGGCUUACAAGGCCCUCAUAGCGGCCCAAUAUGCUGGCGCAAACGUGACCGUCGCCCCGAAUUUCGUUUUUGGCGAGACGAACAAAAGCGAAGCCUUCUUGAAGAAAUUUCCGCUUGGCAAGGUUCCUGCCUUUGAAACAUCUGAUGGCAAAUAUAUCACUGAAAGCAAUGCUAUUGCCUAUUAUGUAUCUAAUGACCAACUUAGAGGGAAAAACGAUUUUGAUAAAGCCCAGGUAUUAAAAUGGUUGAGCUUUGCAGACAACGAAAUAAUUCCACCAGCCAGCAGCUGGGCAUACCCAUACAUGGGAAUUAUGCUCUUCAACAAGCAAGUAGUAACAAAAGCAAAAAGUGACUUAGGAGCCUUGCUGCAAUACCUCAACAAUUACCUUUUAACACGCACAUAUUUGGUUGGCGAAAGAAUUACUCUAGCUGAUAUUGUUGUAGCCUGCUCGUUGCUUAAUGUGUAUAAAUAUGUCCUAGAUCCAGAAUUCAGGAAAUCUUAUGGAAAUGUGAAUCGUUGGUUUGCUACUAUCAUCAACCAACCUCAAGUCAAAAAAGUAGUCGGCAAUUUCGUCUUGUGUUCCAAAGCCCCAGAGGUCCCAGAACUUAAGAAGGCCGGUGGCAAACAAGAAAAAGCUCCCAAAGAAAAGAAACAACCUGAAAAGAAAGAAAAAGAACCUGCUGAAGAGCCAGAUGCAUGUGAGGCAGCUCUACUAGCUGAACCAAAAUCAAAAGAUCCUUUUGAUGCACUACCUGCUGGAACAUUUAACUUUGAAGACUUCAAAAGAUUUUACUCAAAUAAUCCGGAAGAAAAAUCAAUACCUUACUUCUGGGAAAAGUUCGACAAACAAAAUUAUUCAAUUUGGUUUGGAGAAUACAAAUUCAACGAUGAGCUUACAAAGACUUUCAUGAGUUGUAAUUUAAUUACAGGAAUGUAUCAAAGGUUAGAUAAAAUGAGGAAGCAAGCAUUCGCUUCAGUAUGUUUGUUUGGCAAAGAUAGCGAUAGUUCCAUCUCCGGUGUGUGGGUCUGGAGAGGCCACGAUUUGGCUUUCACAUUGAGCCCUGAUUGGCAAAUUGAUUACGAGUCUUAUGACUGGAAGAAGCUAGACGCUGACUCCGCAGAAACGAAGAAGCUCGUGGAAGACUAUUUCUCAUGGAAGGGCACGGACAAGCAAGGGCGCCCCUUCAACCAAGGAAAAAUAUUCAAGUAGAUUUUAAAUUUCCCGGUUAUAACUGUUUGUUCUCCUUUUUUUUUGUGUACUAUUAACACUUACAUCGUGCUGUUUUUGUGACUCGCCCUAUACAGAGUCCAGUGUCCCGUCGGACUUUUAAGUGAAUUUUUAUUGUGAAAGAAUAAAUCUAAAUACAACUCAUUUUUACUAAA